AUGGCGCCAUCCACCACCACCGCCCACCACCACCACGCCCACCAUCCCCCGCAAACCGCGCUCCUCGUCAUCGACGUCCAAAACUUCUUCACCCCCAUGACCAAGCAAGCCCUCCCCCAAAUCACGACGCUCAUCCACCACUUCCGCGCCCAAGCCCUCCCCGUCCUCUUCACCCAACACGGCCACCCAGCCUCGGACCUCGCCGGGCCCCCCUACCCCAACCAACUCGUCCGCAAAUGGGGGCCAGCCGGCAGCAUCCACCGGGGGACCGCGCCGUGGGAGCUGCAACCGGCCGUGCAAGCGCUGCUGGAAGACCUCGAAACGGACGAGCGGGAAGGGAGGCGCGAAAGGGGUUGGGCGGACGUCGUGCAGAAGAACACGUACGACGCGUUCGUGGGGACGGACCUGGAGGAGAGGCUGAGGCGGCUGGAAGUCGCGAGGGUGGUGGUGUGCGGCGUCAUGACGGAUUGCUGCUGCGACACGACGGCGCGCGCGGCGUUUGAUCGCGGGUGGGAGACGUGGUUGGUGGAGGAUGCGUGCGGGAGCGCGAGUCGGAAGCAGCACGAGGCGGGGCUGAGGGGGUUUGCGUUUGCGUUUGGGGACGUGGUGGGGACGGGGGACGUGUUGGCUGAGGUGAAGGGGGAGUGA